AUAUAACACGUAAUAGUAGCUUAUCAGACAAUGAACCACAAUUUCAAACAACUGAUCAUUAUUCACAACAAUCACAAUAUCUUCCUCCCUAUCAAGAUCUUCGUGGACCAACUAGACCAAUACGAUCACGUUUUAUGGAUACACGACGACAUGGUUCAUAUGAUCCUCAGAUGAAUAAUGCUAAUUAUUUAGUAGCGCGUCAUGAUCCUGACUAUGCACGUCCUAUGGCACCAACAGAUUCCUAUACAUCUGGACCACCAAAAAGACCAUUUGGUUUUAAUAUGGUUUCGCAAGCAUCCGGUCCUAUAGCUCAACAUGAUUAUAGACCUGCACUGAAUCAAGUCAAUGUUAAAAAUUAUAGAUCAGGUGAUCAAGGAAGUCAAGCAGUUGCGCCACAACAACAAUUAUCAGCUCAAUAUUCACGUUCCAGUAAAUCGUUUAUACAAAAUGAACAACAAUUUAACAGAAAUCAACGAAAUAUCACUGAUGAUUAUUCAAAUCGUGGUGAAUCGAAACCAAUUCAUGUGGUAGUCGCCUUGUAUGAUUAUGAUCCAACAACUAUGUCACCAAAUAUUGAUGGUGCACAAGAAGAAUUACCAUUUCGUGAAGGACAACUAAUUAAAAUUUUAACAGAAUGUGAUGAAGAUGGAUUUUAUCUUGGUGAAUGUAAUGGUCUACGUGGUUUAGUCCCGUCGAAUAUGGUUACUGAAUUACAACAACCACAGUCAUUGAAAUCACAAAAAAACCUCAAUCAUCAACCAAUCGAAUCUCGUUCAAAUCUAAUCGAUAUGAAUCAUCAUCAUCAACAUCAUCAUCUACCUCCAGAUCAAGUUAGUAAAACUCGUCCAAUCGAUAUGAAUGCACAUGGUGGUCAAAUGAAUUCACCUAUUCAAAAUUAUCCUUAUAAUACAGCAAGAAAACAUGAUCAAUUUACUACACAAUCUCAUCAUUCUACACCUCGAAAU